GGCAAGUCAAGCAAAACGGAGAGGAUGGCACCGAGACGCCACGGCCACCUGGAGACGUCGACGGCCGGCUUGAGUCUAGAGGCGGCCUUUGAGAGCCUGCUGGUCGCCGGUCACUGCUGUACUCCGGGCGAGUGUUUACGAGGCCUGGACUCGUUAAUUCGAGGACCUCAGGACUGCGUGAAAGUCGUGUGCAACAACGAGAACUGCGCGCAGGGACAGUUUAUGCACCGCGAGUGCUUCGACGCUUGGGAGCAGACGAUAUUGACGUACCUCAAGUCGUGCGGACGUGCGCGUAGCUGGUCCGAGCGUCAGCGACACCAGAAUCUUUGGACGAAGAAGGGCUACGAUCUCGCCUACAAGGCGUGCGGGUGCAAGUGCGCACGUGGUCACCUGAGAAAAGACCUCGAGUGGGCGGCGAACAACCCGCGUCCCGACGAACCUAUCAGUGGCCAGGAGGUGAAGAAGAAGAAACGCCGCAACAGGCAGAACAACCGGCCGAGCCUCGCCGUCUCGGCUGGACCCACGCCAAUGAUGCGCGGCAGCGACGUGCAGAUCAUCGACGCGAGUCGCGGUCGCGCUGGCAGUUUGUCGUCCAGCAAUGGCUCAAGUUCGCCACCGGCUACCAGCGAGACCAGCGUCAGCCCACUUCAUCAGCCACAGGCCAUCGUCAAGAGGAAGAGCAAGGUCGAAUUCUUCGGUGACAGGAUCAGGCAAAGCUGCGGUGCAAACGGCAUAUUCUCGCGGCGUCUUGACUUCAGCGCGUUCAACAGCCUACCAAGGACGAAGCUCAACUCCUAUCACAUCAAGAUGGAGGACGAGGGCAAUCACGGCAACGACGACACCAGAUGCUUCAUCCUGUCGACCCUGGCGGCACUUCAUUGGUCAAGGGUUUCGUGCGUCCUCUGCCGUGCCACAAUGCUAGUCUUCGACCGAUAUCCCCUCGUCGAUGGCACGUUCUUCCUCUCGCCUAGGCAACACUCGACUGCUUGCGCCGAGGUAAAAGUGGAGGGCCGCACGCAGUUCUUGUCGGCCGUUUGCAUGUGUUGCCUGGAGGGUAGUGGUAAUAAUGGGAUUGGUGCCCCGGUGCGCUGCCGCUCCUGCACUCAGCUCUGGGACGGCUCGAGUCUCGUACUUGGCACCAUGUACAGCUACGAUAUCUUCGCCGCUAUGCCCUGCUGCGCCGAGCGUCUCACCUGCAACAGCUGCCACAAGCCACUGAUCUAUCCGCACCAGCGGCUGAACUUCUACUCGGACUACAGCCGGGUGUUCGCGUGUCCACACUGUCGAGCGGUGGACGCACAUUUCGUCAAGCCACUAUCCUCCUGCUUUACUCGCGAACACUUCCAGCUCUACAGUCCUUGGCCCUAACAACUAGGCAAGUUGACUGCUAUUGCCAAUGGCAACAGCAGCAGCAGCAACAGUAGCAGCAGCAAUAGUAGCACUGUCACCACUUCGGCGGCGGCCACACCAGCGAACUUUUCUUCCAGCCCCUUGAUGGUUCUACUCCGUGCGAGUCUACGCUAAGAACGCGAAGUUUUCACGACGGCCCUUCUGUGAAGAGAACGAGAGAGUGUGUGUGUGCGCGCGCGCGCGUGUGUGUGUGUGUGUGUGUGAGAGAGAGAGAGAGAGGAGAGUGAGAGAGAGAAAGAAAAAGAUGCGAAUGAGAAUGAGAGUGAAUUGUUCAAGCUCCUCGCUAAGUAUUGAAAAUUGUUAUUCAAAAAGCAAAAAAGCUCUCGUUUCUUCUGAUUUUUUUCUCGCCGAACUCUAGAUAGCCAAUUUAAUUAGACGUUUAGUUGACGACGCGCUACUAUAUACCACAACAUUAUUGUUAUGUUAUGUAUGCUUUGGAUUUCUUUUCUUCUCUUAUAUAACUCGUGGAAAGAAAUGAAAAUCGAAACGAUGUACAUGUAAUAUUCGAUUAGAAUGCGGAAUUGCCUCUUUGGCGAAGAAGAAGGAAAAAAAAUUAAUUGUUUUUUUUUCUUUCAAUUAGUCUGAUUUUCUACGUAUCUUUCAUUUGAUUUGAUUCUUCGAGGCGAGGAGCUGCGUAAGGUCGUAUGCCGCGUACCUGGCAAACGUGUGCAUGCGUUGCGUGUGAGUGUAAUGCGAGUGACGAAGAAAGAAACGAAAGAAGAAAAAGCAAAUCUACCUUGAAGUUUUUAGGAUGAAGAAAAAACUAAUGAAGAGUACUAUUGUUUGUUACUUAGAUAAUCGAUGAACGUUGUUUUUUUUACAUUUUAUUAGUUUAUACGUUUAGGCGGCCAUGUUGUUUUGUUUAAGGAUCUGCAAACCCGCGUGCGAUUGAACUAAGUUUUCAUACACACACGUUGACGAUUUUUGCCAUUUCAUUUUGAUUAUCCGUCCCGAUCGCGCUCGACUCUUCCUUUUCACUCUGGUGAGCGUUUCACGCGAAUAUAAUCCCCCCUUCGAAGAAGUAAACCAAAAUACAAAAUGGAGAGCUAUGCGCGCACGAGAAAGUACAAAAGACGCGCUGUGAAACUCGAGCAGGUAGAAAGAGAGGAGUCGAACGCGAGUCAUAGCGCUGGGGCGUGGAUAAAGCAAAAAUACCUGAGGCAAGCAAAUUUUAAAAAGAGAAGAUGAAAGAAAAAAAGUAAGAAUCUAGAAGUAAAGGAACAAAAAAAUGAAAAAAACAAAAAAAGCAAAUAAAAGAAAACCAUUAAUAUCUCUGUUGGCGAUGCUGGUCGUUGCUGUCCAACCAAUAGCGACCGUCCCACUAGCACCAAGACCACACCACCACUCGAUCGUCGUGGUUCGUGUCGAGUACCUUCUUAUGUUACUUCGCUAUAUUCGCUUUUACCUUUCUGUGAGUGCGAGUGUAUCGUGUAUAAACAUACACACACGGUGCGUGCUGCGAACGUCUCUGCCGAGGGUUUGUUUAACAGACAAAAAACAAUAUCGCCUUUUUUUCUCCGCGAGCGCAGACACGCGAGGAAGCGAGCCUUUUUUCAAUUGCUCUACAGUGCAUUUCAAUGACGAACUUUAGAGAGUGCGCAGUUUGCGAGAGCUGUUCAUAUUCUCAGAGUGCCAAACGCGCGAUCUUCCGCAAAUUUUCCUCCAGGCCGAUUUUUCCGCCUCGGAAAUUCGUUGGAAGGAAAAGUUGUGGCUUCGUUUUUUUUGAAAAUACACCACGGUAAUGUUCUUUAUUUCCGCUCCAAACGAAUACACCACGGAAGAUCACUACAGUCGAAGAGAUUUUCACGUGGAUACCAAUUAGUAAAUAAAUACAGCAAAUGACAAGAAAGACAAAGCAGCGGUGUUACAAGUGUUGGUGAAAGAACAGGGACUCCGGUCAGAAUGAAAGCGAAGUGAAGCAAACUGCAAUGAGCACUCUCGAGUUUGAUCAGGCGGAAGGGUAAAGCUAUAUAAAACGAUACUUUGAUCUAGAAAACGGGCUAAGUGAGUAAGAGAUAGGGAGAAAGAAGGCAAGGAAAUGAAGAAAGAAAUAAGUCGCGUUAAUGGGUUUAUGUCGAUGGGGAGGGCGAGAGAAAAGAGAACAGUUAAGUUAAGAAUGAAAGCAAUUUUAAGGAUCUAAGCGUAUAUAAGAGACGUAUAAGUGUGUUAAGGUUUUUGCGCGAGCGCGACUCGAUAUAUCUGGUAUAUAGGGUCGAAUCCAGCUCGAGUUUCCUUCUUUUUUAUGUCUUAAAGUAUAUAAGAGAAGUAACGGUAAGUCUCCGAUUUUCUAUUUCAAGUGUAUUUAAAAACAUAAAAAAAAUACGAAAAAAUACGAAGUGUUUCGAUCGAUGUGCUGUAAUAAGGUUUUUUCUUGCAUAAGUAGAUAGGUUAUAACCACUUUUUUAAUUCCAACGAAUAAAAAUUUAUUGUGUAAUGGUUUUUUACGAAAGUCUCGUCUGCGUGCGCCACGUAGGCGGGAUAGGACUAUUAUAUAGAAAUUUUGUAUUGAUGUUUUUUCGAGAGAUUUAUAUGGCUAUGCAUGAAGAAAACAAGACGAGGCGGCGAGUGAUCGGUACGUAUGUCUCAUCGCGGACGUGCAGUUGUGACUUUCAUGCCUUUUCGUGAAAUGGAAAUUGGUCCGACAAUCGAAAGAGUUGUUUUCUGCCGUCGUGAGAAACUCGAUGGUCGUCCUUACCGAUUGCUCGCCCAACUUUUCGCGCUGCGAUGCUUUACGAUCAGAUCGCGCGCGGAGGCUCACAGAAAACAAAGAUAUAUAUAUAUAUAUAUAUGUAUAUAUAUAUAUAUAUAUGUAUGCCGUGCAGCUUGAUCUUUCGAAUAUAUUCUAGAGAUGCGGAGGUUGGAUAAGGAUUGUGGAUAAGAGUUUUUCGUGGUUGAACUAUAUGGAUAUAGUUUAGAAUAGAAUGGUUCUUUUUAUCAUUGAAAACUUACGGAUACGGAGGGAAAGCUCAAUAGUAAAAUACCUUGAUGGCAGACAGAAAAAUUGAAAGGCAGAGAAAUACAAAGAAACAUUUCGGCAUUGCCAGCUCUCCAAAAACUAAAUAAGUUAAAAGAAUCUGACAUAGCACGACGUUGAACGUUUGGCAAAUUGGACUGUCGGUAUAUCGGAGCGAUAAACAAGACAAAGGCUACAUCCGUGUCAUAUAUAUAAAAAUAUAUAUAAUAAUAUAAUAGACAAGUUCAUUUAAUUCAAAAUUUUUUAGUUUCUUUAAGAUAAAUAAAAAAAAUAUAUCUAUACAUAUUAUAUCAAAUAUUAUAUUGUAAAACUAGUGACGUGCUCAGCCGUGCGAGUACUCGGCCAACCUGACACUCAGUUAAAAAAGACCGUUUCUAUUAUUGUCAAUGUGUAAUUUAGAAGCAUAUAUAGAAUUGUAUAUCGAUAGGCGUUAAGGUUUUUUCAGCUGUGGUAGACAACUAUAGGUAAAAACACAUUUGGCGAGACAAGAAGGGAGAGGCAAAGUUAAAGAGCGAAGCGCGCGCAAGCCUCUCUCUUCUGAUAUCUCUCUAACUUUUUCUGACGGCCGCGACGUGGCGCGUACGAUUAGCGAUCGAGCGAAAGAAGCGUUUUUAUGUAUAUGCGUGCAUGUUCUCUGAGAAUACAUUGGACGUUACGUUAGGAUAGGCGCGCGCGUGCGUGCGAUGCGGCGCGCAUUGCAACCAGUCUCGCUUAUCGUUUGUUGACUUUUCCAAGCGCCUAUUAUAGCGAGCCCAGGUAUACGAGCAGACGGUGAUAUGUUCAAUGUGAUCGCGGCGUGAGAGACUUCCCCUCUUGAUGCGCGCGUCGACGCGACGUCCAGUUAAAUCUUUCUUUUUCUUUUUUUUUUACAUUACGAUGAUGAUGAUGAUGAUGAUGAUGAUGAUGAUGAUGAUUAUAAUGAUAUACAGAGUUGUUCGUCGAGUGUGUGAAUGCGCAGAGAGUGAGUCGAUAAAAUACUUCUCUGUCCGCAUAUAUUAUAUUUCGUAUAGGUUAUCGAUUUUUAAUAGACACACUGGUUUUUCGUUGUUUCUUAGUCAAAUUGCCUGUUUUACUUAUCCCCGUUAUCGUAUUUCUAUCCAGUUACGGAGGGUUAACGGACAGCUAAACGGACACAAAAAAUAAUGACGAGACGAAAGAUUACAUAGAUAAUUUAAUAAAGGACUUACGAGGAAAUGUGGAAAGGACAUAAAAACAAAAUAGUAACGAUAAAUAAUGUAGAGGCGAGUCAUAAUAUAAAUCCUCCGCUGUUUUUUCGCAAUUAAGUAGGCAAAAUAUUAUUAGGUUGAAAAAAGCAAAGGAAAUGAACAAAUUUUCCACCUACGCGCGGCUCUGCAUCCCCCGAGUGUGGCGCGUUUGUACGAUACGUAUGUACAUUGACCGUUGUUACAUGACGUGGUUUUUUAGCAAAAUUUUGUGCGCUACUGGAGAGCGAUAUCUCUUUUCGUUAUGUUUUUACUUUAUAUAAAUUAUUAUUUGCUUUUUUCUUUUCUUUCUCGAAUCAGUCGAUCGGCCAGAGCAACACCAACUUUACGCCUUACCUGCGCACUGUAAUGCCAAGGACGCGACGUCGGUGAAUCCUGCGCGUGUGUAAACUCAAGUUUCACCGAUGCCGACUUCUUGUGCAAAGCGCUUCGAGGUGGCGAGUGCGCACUGAAAAAUAAUACACAUGCAUACAAUUUAUCAGCACACACACAUACGCGCAGCGCGCGCGUACACCGGCUGUCUUUCACACUGCGGUCGAAGGAGUCGAGUUCCCAGUCGGCAAUGAAGUCAUUAUUUUAUUUUUAUGCGAAGACUGGCUUGACUGACGGUGAUGAUGUACAUAUAUCCGUAGAUAGACAGGGGGCCUAUGGCAAAGGGACAAGAGAGUUUAAUUUCUCUUUUUCUUGUUUUUCACUUUGCUCCCUGCUGUCUGGAUUUUCAACAAUUUUUUUUUUAUUUCAUUCUUCACGAUUCUUUUUUUUUUUCUUAAUUUAGUAUCUGCGUAGCGUUCGUACUUUUAGUGAAUAUUAUCCUUACAUUAACCGUUGCUGUCGAUUUGCCUUCUUCAUCUAUUUUUUCUUGUUUUAUAUUUUUGAUUUUUGCCACGCUCGUAACUUUAAUUCUGUUUUUCACGCAAGAAAAUGAUAGAAAAAAAUAAUGCAAAAACAAAAAAAUGCUAUCGCACAUCUUUAUACCCAACCUUUUCUUUUAUAGUUACUCGUAAUAAUAUUUAACUGCAAUUUUAAUAAAGUGACAAACUUUAAAUCAAUUAUUUCUUUGUGUUUUGUUUCUUAUUUUCUUACCUUAUUUUUUCUUUAUAAGUAAGUUUUAUUUGUUUUUUUACAGUCAGACAGUUUUGUUUCGCUUGUGCCAGGAAGUUUUUGACCUGGGAGCUCGACUGAUUAUAGUAAUUUUGUUUUAUCAAAAUGCGUUGGCUAUAAGGUACAAAUGUACAUAAAAAAUAGGAAUAAAGGGAGAUAUGUUAUAAUGCAAUAUUCGCGAUUGACUCGCGCUUCCGCGAGUAGCUCCGUUUCAGGGAUAAUAUUGUCUUUUAAUGAAGUCGACCGAGCUGAAACAAGUACCUUGUCACGCUUAAUUUGCAGAGCGAUCGGCAACUUGAACCGAACUGCCAGCCGAGAUUUAUUCGCUGGAUUGGUUAUUAUGAUUUGAAAGAAGCACAGCUUUCACCGUGAAACGAAUGGAUGAGCUGACUGUAAUGAUUUUUGAUGAAGAGCGCUCGAAGAAGAAUGAGAAAAGAACUUGAUCCUUUCUAAAUUGAACUUGGUCUGCGUGUGACAAAGUACUAAUGGGAAAAGCAGGUCGAGCGUGCUAGUCUUCUCAAGUUGUUUCGCCCCGCAGGUCGAGCCGUACAGCCGCAGGGAAACCGCGAACGAAUGAAAGGAGUCAGAUCCAGGACGAGCAAGCUAUAAAUUCGCGUGUGACUGUAAAAAAGCAAACAAGCUUCGCCCGCUUUACAUACGUUAUAGUUCGCAAGAUAAAUCACGCUAUUAGAAUAUUUAUACCUUUCAUCGAAAGAACUUAUCACGUACGUCGGAUCUAAAAAGAGCUGUAUAUGCAUUUAGUAGUUGCCGGCCUGAACGAUAUAAUAUAUAUUCUCGAUAUUUAAAAAAACACGGCGUAAUGGUAAGCCCCAAUUAUAAAGAUAAUCUGUAUAUCGCAAAACGUUAUUUCGGUGAGAGAGUUAAAAGAUCGAGAAACUAAAUAGCUCGACCGUAACGCCAAUCAUGUAACAUACAUACGUGUAACGCGGGACUCCUAUUUUCGUUCUCUUUCCAACUAUACAAGUAUAUACAUAUAAUGCAAACGUGUGCGUGUCUUGAAUGCAUGUACCGCUAUCGAUGUUUCUCGCGCUAAUCGUAUAAACGCAGUACAUAUGUGUGUGUCCGUCGCUGUCUGUCUAUAUAUUCGUUUUUCGUUUCUCGAUGUUGGUGUUUAUUAUAUAAAUCGUAAGAGUGAAAGGUCGCGCCCACGUCUCUUCUCGACCCCUUCCCCUUUCCUUUUUCCUAUUAUCAUUGUGCUUGUCUAGUUGUAUCGUGUUUUAUAUCCUAUAUUUGCAUGCGACAGUGAGCGUUCAAUCGGUAAGAUAAUACUCGAGAUACAAUCCUCAAGCGCAGAGCUUUGAAGUCAAGUAACGCGGACUAUAAAUUCAUUUUUAAAAAUACUCUUUUUCGAUUCGUAGAAGAACGAACAUUCGUAUAGUAGCUUUAAUUAGUUAGUGAUGAAUUCGAUUUGUCCGUAGGGGCAUGUCAAUUCGGCUGUGUUUUCAUAAGCAAGAUAAAAACGCGUGGGAAGCAUCAAUGUAUUAACAUGGGGGGGGGGGGGGGGACUUGAAAAAACAACUAUUUGGUAAGGUUCGCGAAAAGAAUAAAAAAAUCGUAUAAUUUUCUACCCUAUUUUUUUAUCGAUUGGUGUCGUGUUUUCUAAAAAAAAAAAAGAAUUAAUCCUAGUCUAGUAUUUAAAGAUAAAAGACUCGAUUGGAAGCAACAAAAUUGGACGUUGAAUUCGAAUGAGAAAAAAAAAAUUUGAUCUCGGACAAGGGGUAAAAGAAAAAGAAAAGCUCGAGUAGCAGAGCGGCAACUAAAACUUGACUCGCACUGAGAGAGUACCGUUAAGUCGCAAUGUUGUUAUCCAUUAUCCUACAGGCACACGUACGUAUGUAGCUGCAUUUCUCGCGUAGGCGUAGUAAUCCCAGUUGAUAUAGGCACGUGUUGGCGUCGGAAGAAGAGGCGCGUUGAUAAGGACCUAUUUAAAUAAAGGCUAUUAGAAGUAGAAAGAUAAGGGCUUUUGAUUUGUUUUGGAGAGCAAACCGAUCGGACGGCAGGCACGUAUAAAUGGCAAGCGAUCCACAUUAACAAACACACAAUGCUGGUAGUGCGGACCAAAGGCGCGACAAAAAAAAAACAUAAAAGAGAGGACCAACCAGGCAUAGUAAGACAGGAAGUUGCCGAGCGAUCGGUUAGUAUGCGUAAGUCGAGUGAGUACAGGUGCGAGUGCGUUCGUCUGUGCAUGUGUGUGCAGCGUCUGUGUGAACAAUCCUUGAUUGGCUACGUGGUAUUCGAAAGCGAUACGUUUACAUUUAUAAGGAGAGCGAGCGCUCGCGCGCGUCUCGUGUACGAGGGCCUCGAUUUUUUUUUCAUUGACAAAGCAAUCGGCAUCUCGCAAGAUGCCCAAAUCCUUGACAUCCUCCCUUGUAAUCCACUCACACCACCCUCCUUCUUCGCGGCAACGAUAACGAAUUUGCAUUUUAAUCGGAGUAUAUAUCGACAAAUAGAGCGCUUCUCCGCCUCCUAUCAGGUGCUGAGGGCGUUUUUUCCGCGCGGAGAGUCGUAGACUGCGCGGAUCCCAUAUAUACAUACAUAUGUAACAUGUAUACAAGUACGCGUUUUUUCCUUUUUUCAUAAAAACGAAAAAAAAAAUCAAUCUCGAUGUACGUCUUUUAUAACCGUAUAAUGAUUAUCGAUAUAGGAAGAAACACGUUUUUUAUAUCUUAGCUCGUAACGUAAAAAUAGUUGGAUAGGCUAUUGACAAUUUUUACGCCUCGUUGUAUUCCCGUGUGCGCGCAACUGAUAACUUUUCACCAAAAUAAUGCAAUUGCAAUAAUUAAUUAAAAAGAAAAAAACGACGAUCGCGCAAAUCUCGUUGAGAGACAAAAAGACGUCGAUUUGAUCGAAUCGGUAAAUCGAUUGUUAGUUUAAAAAGGAAAAAAAUAAACAGAAAUUCACAAGUAGACUGAUCGUUCGAUAAUUGAAAAAAUAAAUAUUUCGCAUCGACAAUUUUUAUUAGUCGUCGAGCGAAUAAAAUUAAAAAAUAAACAAGUAAUAAUAAUAAACUCCUUAAAAUGCUCCUUAUUCACGUAACGUAUUUAUAUUUAUAAUGAGUGUCUUUACUAAUCAGCAGUCAUUUUUACAAGAGCGGUUCGCCAUGGAAUGCAUAAGUAUAAGAUGUCAUAUACGUGUUGUGCGCAUGGUAAGAGAGAGAGAGAGACACGAAAAUAAGGGCUUGGUACGCGCUUUUUUCUCCACUUUGUCGAUUGAUUGUCCCUCCCUUGAUCAGUCCCACACCCACCCCGCUGCUGCCGCUUUACAAUAAGUAGUUCGCGCUGCUUCGAUAACACAAAAUAUCUGUAGCAUAUUAUAUAGAAAAAUGUAUCGAGUCGUUUCUUCACAAAAAAUGCAAGCCCCCCGAGGAGGAUUCGUUUGCUCAGGUUUUUUUCCCUUCUCUUUCGCAAAGAAAAAGAAAAAAAAAACACGAAGAAGCACGGUCGAUCGCAAGGAUACGAAUAACAAGGUACCUUAAUUUAAUUGGCAGACGUCUCGAGUACUCUAAGCAAACGCAAACCUCUUGGAGGGCGUGCAUUUUGAUCGAGGCAUCGGUGGACCUUUUUUGGAGGCGAUGUCGUUUCGAAACCUCGCGUUCGGCUAGGUCGUGCUACCUCAUUAUUACAAUUUUUAUAUCAACGAGCAAUUUGUCUGCUUUUCGUAUCUCCAUUUGUCUACCGAACGCCAAAUAAAGAAUGAGAAAAAAACGGGAGAGCGCCGAGGUUUCCAAACGGGUAUACGCACGAGGUGGCCGAGUGUCUUCCAUUACCUCCCCCUUAAGAGUACAAAUUUUAAGAUAAAAUAAUGGAAAAAAAAGAAGAAAAAAUGAAGGAAAAAAGAUACUAUAUCGCGAAAAAAAGAUAAAUAAAUGUAGUGACGACAAAGACGAUGGAGGAUAAAUGUGCUGAGAAGUUGCUAAUAUUAUUGGAAAGAAGUGAGCGAAAAGGUGAGAUACAGAGAGACAGGAGAUAGAGUAGUGUAAUAUGAGAUACAAUGAAUAACUAUUUAACGAUGUUUUCUUCUCGUGUAAGAAUUAUUGUCAUUAUUAUCAUUAUUAUGAUUAUAAUUAUUAUGAUUAUUACGAUUUAUUACUAUUAUUAAUGUGAAACUGUUUUAUACGAAAUAUAAAGUGAGAUGAAAAGAAAUUUACAGAUUAUUGAAAAUAUUAUACGCGCAUAUAUACCUAAACAAAAAUUAGUAAUAAUAGUAAAAGGGCGAAGGUAUUAUCUCAAAUUAAGAAUGGCACCGCAUUACAAUAUGAAUAUAAAAAGAAACAAAAAAGGAAGGUUUUGAAAAAAGUAUAUUAUUAAACAUCUAUAUAUCUACGGUGGUUCGCGCCUAAGAUUUUUUCGGGAUAAACCUCAUUUUGAUGAAUUCGUGAGUUGUUGAUGCAAAAGUCGUCAUUUGAAAUUUUCGUCGCAAAUUCAUGACAUGCAACUUCACAUACGUUCUCUACUGCCAAUUUUCGACUGAUAAACUAUUGUAAAGUUAUAGCACUAAUUCAGAGUACGUGAUAGUAAGGAAAAGUUCAAAAUGAAAAAAAAGUUAAUUGAAUAACAGAUUCUAGCGACAAGUUCUACGAAUUUUUGACGAGGCAGUUGGCAAUCUCACGAAUUUGCAUAACUCGUAUGCAACUAGUAACGAAACAAAACAAAGCAUGUACGCUUUAGAGAACUAAGCUAUGUAUAUAUAAAUAUUUACGCGUAACGGAAAUAGUUAUAUUAACGAGAACCCACUUUGAUAAAAAGAAUAAAAAACUUAUAUCAAUUAAACGUUCCCAAAAAAAAAACAUUUCAUGUUAUGCAAUAAAUUUUAUGAUAGUCGAUACUGUGGCGAAAACAAUAACGACAGAAGCAAGUACAUGAUGUAGGAAAGGAAACAAAGCCUAAAUGAAUUUUUUCAAAUGCAACCGUGCCGUUUAUCCGUGCGAUCGAACGCGGAAAGUAACAAAAUAGACUGCCAAACAUAAGACUUCAAAGACGAAAAAAGAAAAGUCGUAAUCUCGUAUAAUGAACAUUUUUCGAAAAUGGAUUUAUGGCAAGCAAUUUUUUAAAGAUUUUUGAGCAAUUUUUCAUAGACUGAUUGAAUACCACAGGCUGAAUUCGAGCACAGCAUCGCAAAACCAUCAGACCUUAAAUUAAAAGAAAAAAAACGAUACGUUGUGCGGAUUUGAAUAAUUUUGUCGUGUCAAUUUGAGACUCUACUCGUCUGGCGAUCGGAUAUAAUUCAUAAGUUAAGCGUAAAUUCAGAAUUUCCGAUUUCUGCGAUGUUCCAUACUCGAAUAUUCAAGAAUUGCUUGAUCAUUCGAGUAUCCUGGUUGAGAAUCGAACAUCGUACGAAUCGUCAAUUCGAUGAAAAAACAAAAAUGAUAUUUAUCUAGGCACGUAAGUCUUUAUGUAACCAACGUGAAAAAUUAUAUUUUGUACGAAAAAUGUUAAAUCGAAAAAAAAAAAAUGUGUGUGAAACUUUUGAAGCUCUGAUCGCGAGACGAGACUCCGUAUGAGGCAAAACGCGUACAUGGGAAAUUGAUCGAUAUUCGCGUGCACAGAAACAUUGGCAAUAUUAUCUAAAUGGAUGGUUUUGUUGCUCGUGCGCUUAAAGAGAAGCCGACAUAUAUACCACAUCACUAAAGUCCGAUAUUCCGUGUGUUGAAAACCUGAUAAUUUUCCCGUUCUCCAUUGUUCCAGUGUAACAAAGCUCAUUGGAGCUCGAAAAUAAUCAACUAUCGAGCGAAUAAAAAAUAAGCGAAUGGCAGCGAACAAACGAGGGUGGAGAGAAGAGGCUUGAAAGCAUUGAUCAUGCCCAUAAGACUUGUGUGUGUACGCCUAACAAUUGAAAAAAUAAUUUUUUUUGCACUCAACAAAAUAUACGAUAGCGUGAAGCGACAAAGAAAAAACUACGUGUAUAUGCGUGUAGAACGGGGAGGGGGGUGACAAAAAUGACAUAAGAAGAAAAAAAUAAACAUACAAAUACAAAACAUACUAAUUACUUGUAACUGCUAAUUCUAACGAUUCGCUAUGAUAAUUAAACUACGACUACCUACUAUUCGCUAUGAUACCUAUCGUUAGUAGCUAAGAGUUGAUGUUUACAAUUUGACAGUUCGUCUCGUGUAAUCGUAAUUGCACUUUAUCUGUUUGGUUGGCUUGAUGGGCGAGAGUCUAAUUCGGGUUAUUAGAUACUACGCUGUACCUUUUGCUGGCGGGCUCAAAUUAUCGAUAAGCACCGCGCAAUGAAAUGAACAAAUUGAAAGAUUGAAAAAAUUAUUCCGAUUCGCAUUUUAGUGAGGAAACAAAUGAGAGACAAAAGGACAAUUCGAUUUUGUCGCUAAUAGCUUAUCGUUAAAUUCGCCUGUCGGCGGCUUGGAUGGGAAGAGAAGGAAGUUGACAACGCGCUAGUGCGGUUUCAAGUCAAGAUUUCGAUUGAGGUUUCGCGGAACAGAGGUUUCUUAAUCUUCGCAUCCACGUUUCUUUCUUUUAUUCCACGACGUCGGUUCGCCGCUUCACAAUUUCAACGGUUUUUUUUGGUCUCAUCCAUGCGGAAUUACAUGUUCACCUCCUCAGAUGAUAUAUGCGAACGAUAUAAAAUUAAUGGCAUUUGUAGUUGCGGGCGAGCGUGUCGUCGAUGGAUGAAAAGAACAAUGAACAAGCGACUUAACUGUAAACUUAGUUGGCUUAUUAUUUAUCUCGUGAUAUAGUUUCUAAUUGUAAUAGUUUUUAUCAUUGAUUUUACGCUUUUGAGUUUGUCACAGUGAGUAUCAAAUAGUGCGUGCGAGAGAUUGAGAAAGAGUGUAAGACAUAGGAUCGAGCUUGAUACCGCUUUUUGUAUGUUUACUAUUGGAUAACUGACACACUCUUACAUUAUAGAGAUAUUAUUAAAAAAAUUACGCAAAAAUAAAACUACUGUGUAAUGCAGAAAUAUAGAAACGAUGAUUAAAAUGAUCACUGUGCUGUAAUGAACAAAAAUAACGAGUAUGAUGAUUUUAAGGAAAGUAUACAUAAUAAUAAACAUUUUUAUAACCGCCUACGUCGUAUUAUGACACUGGGCCAAGUGAAAUGAAAGAUAAAAGUA